AGUCAGACUCACCUUCCCCCACAGGAAUGUUUCUCCAGGUUGUGUUCGUCGCCGCUCUUGUGAUGGGGUCCUUGGCCCGCGCCGAGCCUCCUCCAGGCUACCGACCUCCAUACACUCCUCCAACUCACCCACCCUACACCACACCUCCAUCCUAUCCAUCCUACACCACGCCUUCAUCUUAUCCAUCCUACACCACACCAUCAUCUUACCCAUCCUACACCACACCUCCAACUUACCCCACCUAUCGUCCCUCACCCACAUACGGCGUCCCAACUUCUGAGGCUCCGGCUCGGUACGACUUCAACUAUACCGUCAAAGACGACGUUUCAGGAAACGACUUCGGUCAUCAGGAGUCCCGUGACGGCCCCCACACCCAGGGAUCUUACUAUGUGCUGCUUCCCGACGGUCGUCUGGAGAAGGUGGCCUACACUGUCGACGGUGACUCCGGCUACGUGGCCCAGGUGACCUACGAGGGCCAGGCACAACACCCAACAACCCAACCCCAGUACCCAUCAUAUGAACCCCAGUACCCAUCACCUCAGCCCCAGUACCCAUCACCUCACCCUCAGUACCCAUCUCCCCAGCCCACAUACCCUUCAACUCCUUAUUACGGCUAAAGUAGUCGACAUAUGAAACCUAAAAUUUAUGUACUGGUAUUCAUAAUACUUAAAAAGCAUCAGCAAAUAGUUUU